AUGAACGAGGAAAACAUCACGGAGUAUCUUGUAGAAUAUAUUGAGUCCAUCAAUGACAUGGACACCCCGGUGUUCGAGAGAUACAAAGCACAGUUCCUAAAUGAAAAUCAUGAGAUAAUACAAAAGCAUGUGCCGUUUUUAACCAAAAUACGGAUCAGCGCACAGAACUUCGUUUCAAUGAACAUGUUCGCAUGCAACGGCGAAUUUUACAGCUACAACACGAAAUUCUCUUACACAAGGAUACGACUGGGCCAGAGAAAGGUUCUGGUGCCGAUAGAAUUCAACUGCAUCAUGGAGGCUAUUCUCACAAAAAAUCUGAAUGAGUCAGGGCUUUUCAGAAAAUCGGCAAACAUUUCUGAUCUCGAGCGCUGUUUCUGUCUCAUUAAUGACAGCGAAACACGGCAAAUGUAUAGGCUGGAGAUCAUAAACAGGCUGCUGCCGUUCGACAUCAUCACGUUGACCGUGGCCUACAAGCGCCUCUUUGACAACUACGAAAUGCCACUCAUCCCACGCUUGUAUUUGAAGGUUCUUCUGAAGGUUGCCAAGCUCGAGAACAAGUAUGAACAGGUUGUUCUUCUCAAGUAUAUUCUGUAUAUGAUGCCCAAGUCGAACAGAAAUAUGUUGGACAGCAUCACCCAGUUUUUCGCACUUAUGCGGCAUUUAGUAACAAAUUACAAUCAAAAACCUACUCAUAACAUGGACCUGCAUGGUUUUGCAGUGGUGAUCAUGCCAAAAAUUUUUUUGAAACCAGGAACACCUGUCAACCUUGAUGACAUCAAUGAUCUUAUAAAGGUAACUGAAUUUAUAUUUGAGAACCGAAAAAUUAUUUUCUCGGUAGGUGUGGAAAGAAUGAAGAGAAAUGGGCAAUACGUGACAGACUACUAUGAUUCUGGAGUAGUUGCUAAAGUUGUGCACAAAGGUGAGACAGACAUAGAUGAGAUUGAAGAAGAAGAGGAUAAUACGGAGGAUUCCUAAACAAUCGGGAGUCAUCCGAAUACAGUGUACUAUAAAUACAGGAAAAUACGAAAUUUUAAUACCGAGACCGAUCGGAAGCGGCGAUACUCCAACAAGAUAGAUAAAUAUUAUGUGUUGUUGCCUC